CGCUCCUACUAUGAUAUUAUCUCCGUCUGGAAUGGGAGUGCGUCUUCUGUGUGAUAUAUUUGUCCUCCACGUAUGUACAUUUCCAUUUCCAUUCUCAUAUGGAUAAAAUCCACUUGUGCCACGUCACCUCUCAUUCUGUUUCUAUUCUUUCCAUUCCAUUUUCUUUCUUCCAAUCUUUCCCUCUUCUCCGUUUUCUUUGCGAAUCUGAAAAUUUCCCUCCAAUUUUCCUUCUCCUUCAUUCAUGGCGGUUAAACUACGCCACAACAAUUUUCCAACGUCAAGUUCGUCGAAUUCUUGGUUUUCGAAAGAUCAACGCAAUGCAGACACAAAGGUGUUGAGCUUACACUGCCAUUUACUAAACGAAGGAAGAAGUUUGAAAAAGCGACGUUUAACGCAUCAUGCUUUGUUUUGGAAUUUGACUAGUGAUAAUGUUUUGGUGGAUUAUAGAAAUUUUUCUUUGAAAUUUUAUAGACCUAAAAGAAAGGUAAAGAAUCUGUUAUUUGUAUCUUCCGAUGAAGGCGUUAGUGUUAAUGAGGACUCUGAUGGUAGCAGCACUAGUAAUAAUACGGACCUUGAGAAAAUGAGGGUGAAAUUGAAUAGGCCAUUGGUCGAAGAUGAUUUCUGUGACAGGCUUCUGCAAUGUUUAUAUGAUGCUGCUAGGGUCUUUGAGUUGGAAAUUAAAGAGCAGAACUCGCUCUCAAGACAAUCUUGGUUUUCAAUAGCUUGGUUUGGCGUAGACCGAAUUGCGUGGGAGAAGACACUGUCAUAUCAGGCUGCUGUGUACUCCCUGUUGCAAGCUGCAAGUGAAUUUUCAUCCCAAAGUGAUGGUAAAGACAAAAAUGUCAAUGUGUUUGUCCAAAGGAGUUUACUUCGGCUUUCGGCUCCACUGGAGAGUAUAAUUAGAGAAAAAUUAUCAGCAAAACAGCCCAAAGCAUACGAGUGGUUUUGGUCCAAGCAAGUUCCAGCUGUAGUGGCUUCCUUCAUUAAUAAGUUUGAAGGGUCCAGAAAAAAUAUGGGUGGGGGUUUAAGCAGUGCAAGUGAUGUAUCACUUCUUAUGCUUGCACUAACAAGCUUUGCUGUAAUCAUUAAAGUUGGUCCGGCAAAACUUUCUUGUUCACAGUUCUCUUCCAUGAGCACAGUGAUAACCGGUAGUUUGAUGGACUUGCUGGUUGAUUUAAUUCCUAUAAGCCAAGCCUAUAGUUCUGUUAGGGAUGCUGGUCUGUGCAGAGAAUUUCUUGUUCAUUUUGGUCCUCGAGCUGCAUCAUGCAGAGGUAAAAUUGAGCAAGGUCCACCAGAGAUUGUUUUCUGGGUAAACAUUUCUCAGAGGCAGCUACAAAAAGUUAUCGAUAAGGAGAGAAUAUGGUCAAAACUGACAACAUCUGAAAGUAUAGAGGUUUUGGAGAAAGAUUUAGCAAUAUUUGGGUUCUUUAUUGCAUUAGGCAGAAGUACACGGUCCUUUCUUUUAUCAAACGGUUUCGAUACUCUAGAUGAUCCAGUUGAAGAUUUUAUAAGGUAUCUUAUUGUAGGAAGUGUUUUAUAUUACCCUGAGCUCUCAUCCAUAAGUUCAUAUCAGUUGUAUGUGGAGGUGGUUUGUGAAGAGUUGGACUGGCUUCCUUUUUAUCCUGGAAUCACCAGCACUACAAAACAACUACAUGUGCAUAAAAGUAAACAAGAAGGUCCACCAAAUGCUGAAGCAGUGCCCCAAGCACUAGAUGUUUGCUCUCAUUGGAUGCAAAGCUUUAUAAAAUACAGUACAUGGCUAGAGAACCCUUCUAAUGCGAAAGCAGCUAGAUAUUUGUCAAUAGGGCACAAGAAGUUGUUGGAGUGCAUGGAAGUUAGGAUGCUAAAAGAUAAGACAUUGGAGAUUAGUGCCAACAGAACAGUUGAGAGAUCUACAGUUCACUCAAGUGCAAAAGUGUCGGAUUCUUUUGCUGAGGCUUUAAAAAGUGUGGAGGAAGUUGUGCCAAGACUGGAGAAUUUUCUUCAAGAGUUGUAUGCAUCAAGCGCUAGUUCUGGAAAAGAGCAUCUGAAAGCAGCCUAUUCUGUUCUGGAAAAAAUACGGAAGCUCAAAAAAGAAGCUGAAUUCUUGGAGGCAUCUUUCAGAGCAAAAGCAGAUUCUCUACAAGAAGGAGUUGACGUUGGUCAGUCCCACAAUCCAGUUGGUGCGAAGGAAGAGUAUUUUAAAGCGAAGAGCAGAAAGAAUGCUAAUGUGGAUAGAAGGAAAAAACUCAUCGGUAAAUCUCAGGGGUUCAGAAAGGAUUUUGUACAGGACAAUAAUUUUCAACUGUCUACAUCAAAUGAAGGUAUUGUGGACCCAGAAUCCAGUGAAAUCCACCGCUUUGAACACCUGAGAAGUGAGCUAACAGAACUUGAGAGACGGGUUCAAAGACGUGUUUAUAAAUCAGUGAAGGACGAGGAGUUGGGGCCUAUGGAUGAUGGUGCUCGAUAUAGUGAUGAUGCUGGCGUUGUUCAGAUGGUCCAGGUUCAGAAGGAAGGAAAUAUCAUAAAAAAGUCUUUUAGCAAGCUAAAGGAAACAGGAACAGAUGUUUGGCAAGGAACUCAACUUCUAGCUAUUGACGCUGGUGCUGCGAUGGGUUUACUUAGAAGAAUCUUGAUGAGAGAUGAAUUGACCGAGAAAGAGAAGAAGACACUUAGGAGAACCUUGACUGACAUGGCUUCAGUUAUUCCAAUUGGAGUUUUAAUGCUUCUUCCGGUUACCGCUGUUGGGCAUGCAGCCAUGUUGGCUGCUAUUAAGAAGUAUGUACCAGCUCUGAUUCCAUCGACUUAUGCACCAGAAAGGUUGGAUAUCUUCAGGCAGCUUGAGAAAAUUAAGCAAAUGUCAACCAUUGAUGUGGGCUCAGAUGACGAAGUAAAUAAAGUUAAUUGAGCAGAAGGAAAAGCGCACGCAGAUCUUUUUUGUGGUAUUGCCAGCAAAGUUAUCAUGCUUUGUGGGGUCUUAUACAACUAGGGUUUAACAUUCUUUAUCAAUUCCAAUAUUCUUGAAACAGAUUUCUGUGUAGAGAAAGUCAUUCCACGUGUCUGGUAUUUCAGAUGAGCACCAAUUGAAUACAGUUCUGCAGGGUCCAAUACUUGGAAAUAUGGCCAUCUUUCCUUUAUCCUGACUAUAUCUGAUGCUGAAAAACUGGAAAUUUCCAGCUUCCAUGUUUCAUCUGUUAGAUAAUCAAUCAUAUAUGCAUAUUGUUUGGUUAUUAUAUGGUUCCGUUUCGAACUGUUGUACUUUGCACAAGGUCCUUUUCUGGUUUCUGUA